AUGACUCCUGCGGCAGACAUGUUAAGCUCACAGCGCGCAGUGCGUUGGUAUCCACCCUCUUAUAAUAUUCGUGUCGAAACUCUUCCCAUUCCUGAGAUCGAACAGCCAGACGAUGCGAUAAUAAAGGUUCAGCUUGCUGGGCUAUGCGGCAGCGAUUUACACAUGUACCGUGGAACAGCGGGGCUCACAGAACCUUGCAUCAUGGGUCACGAGUUUAUCGGUGAAGUUGUUGCUCUCGGCGCGAGCUUUCAUUCUGGCUCUACCGGUCGACCGUCCUUGUACUCCACGCUUCGUGUCGGCGAUAAAGUUGUCUCGCCAUUUACCGUUUCUUGUGGGGAGUGCCAUUUCUGCCGAGUGGGAUUCACGUGCCGUUGCGCUGAGUCCCGUCUAUUUGGCACUCCUAUGACUCCAGGGGGACAAGCUCAAUAUGUCCGCGUUUGCAGGGCCGGAGGUACCUUGUACAGUUUGAAGGAUAUUCCUGAUGGGUCUUUGCUCGCUGACUCCUCUUUGCUGUUGCUGUGCGAUAUCCUUCCAACUGGAGUUUUUGCCGCAUUCCAGGCACUCAGUCACGCAAAAACUCUACCAUUUAUAACCAGACAACCUUACCCGCUUAGCACCAGUCUGUCGCAAGCGGGAGACGUUUCAUUUCUACCCUUCUUGGAAGAGGACAAAUCAUUAACCAUGGCGGUGAUAGGGCUAGGCCCCGUGGGGGUGUGCACUUGUAUCGCUCUCCUUGACAUGCUGGUCACGCGGAAGCUGAAGUUCAAUGUGAUAGCCAUUGACCCGAAUGAAGCCAGGAGAGCAAAAAUGGUGUCAAUCUACUCUAUCAUCAGCGACAACCAACCAUUUGGUGAAUUUCAGGUAGCAGAUACCAGCAAUGUCAAAGACCUUGUCGCAAAAUUGACCAAGGGAGUUGGUUGCAACGCUGUUAUUGAAGUUGUUGGUAACACCAGUGCGCUUCGACUAGCUUACGAGCUUGUACGGCCGUUUGGUUGUAUCAAUUCUGUCGGUGUUCACAGCGAUCAUGCUGUACCAUAUAAAGGCGUCGAACUUUAUGACAAGAACGUGUCACUUGAUUUUGGUCGGUGCCCAGUGCGUGCCAUGUUCCCAAUGGCACUGGAGCUGCUCCUGAAAAGGCAAGACGUACUGGGAUCAGUGGGUGGGGAAACGAGUUUGGUGGAGAGAGUAGCAGGCUUUGAUGACGCGGUGCAGAUAUAUGAUGAUUUUGACAAAGGGAAAUGCGGUAAGGAUAUUGUUUGA